AAGAGGAAAUGAACAACCAAUUUUCUCUUAAAGUUAAAAUAUUCCUCUUAAGAGAUAAGAGUUAAGAGAAAAUGAACAGACCCUAAGAGUAUUUGUAUGGAAUUGGCACUUGUUUACAUCAUUUGUUUGUAAGAUUAGCUCCUUGUGCUAAAUACUUUGCUCUUUAUUUUCUUUUUCAAGGACCAAUUUCUUUUUGUUGAUUAUAUUUAUUAUACCAACUUUGCAUUUCCUUUUGAGGCAGGCUUGUGGAAUAGAUAUUCUUCUUGAAAAUGAUGAUGGCUUAUAACUGAACCUCUGAUUGUGUCAUCCAUCAAACUUAUCUUUCAUCUUGACCCAAUGUACAAUUAACUCUAAUUAUUAUCAUUUUAAUCAAUGCCUUGGGAGCUAUCUUUGUUGGAGAAGAUUCUACAAUUCUUUCCUCUUGUAUAUGGGUCAUAGAAUAGCUAUUAUUGUGGAAUGGCACAUCAAAACUACUCAGACUCAAAGGCUCAAAAAUUACAAUCGGGCUUGUUAGAUUCAAAAAACACCAAGUGGUUCCAAAUUGUCCUUAGACUUGAAUUCCCUCAAACCAAUAGGAUAAUUGGAAACCAAAGCCUUAGGACUUGCAGAAAUCAUCGUUAACACACUUGUACAAUGCGAAGGAAUAAAGCUCAACUGGGACAGAAGGGGAGGCAUUGGAAUUUACUGGAUAUGAAUGGUCACCUGGGUGGGUUUGCGGCUGCUCUCAUCGAUGAUCCAGUUUGGGUCAUGAGUGUAGUCCCUACAGAGGCAAAGCUCAACACACUUGGAGCAAUUUAUGAGCGUGGACUGAUUGAAUAUCAGAAUUGGUGUGAAUCCAUGUCUACGUAUCUCAGGACAUAUGAUGUCCUUCACGCUGAUUCAGUUUUUAGCCUUUACAAGGGCAGAUGUGAAAUGGAAGAUAUUCUGUUGGAGAUGGACAGAAUUCUUGGGCCAGAAGGUACUGUAAUAUUCAGAGAUGAUGUGGAUGUUUUGUUGGAGAUCAAGAGCAUCAGAGAUGGAAUGAACUGGGAAAGCAAGAUUGUGGACCACGAGAAGGGGACUCUUGAGAGGGAGAAGCUGCUGUUUGCAGCGAAGACAUAUUGGACAGCUUCAGCCCCUGUCUCAGAGAAAAGAGAGUCAAAAACAACUUUCUAGAGUGUUUUCAUUGAUUAUGCCUUGGGUUAUACACCAAACAACUUUUAGCCAUUGAUUGAUCUUAAUAGUCUUCUGAAUAGACAGAGUUGUUCUUUUGAUUGUCAAGGAAAUUAAAUAAUUCAUUGUACCUUCUAUUUCCAGUACAGUACAGUGCAAUUAAUCAA